AACUAAACUGUUGCAUCAUUUUCCUAAAGUGUAACCACGAAACGCAGCAAAAGUACAUUCCUGUGUAGGUGGUGAUUUAACUACAUUUCCCAUAAUGCCACACGCCGGAACUGGAAGUACAAGGCGGAAGUAUGCGAAGAGUGAGCCGGCGAUCCUGUGAGGAUGGACCACUGCUGGAGGAGCAGGAGACGGAGGGCCAGCGUCAGCUGCACAGCCUCCUGCUGCAGCAGCUCCACACCAAUGUUGACAUCGACCGAUGUGUAGCCAAGAGGCAGCGCUUUGCCCCGGCUGCACUCUAUCGGCCGUUUGGGGAACAGGCAGCUGGAGUGAGAAGCCUCUCCCAGUUCCAGGCCCUGCAGGACGGGGAGAAGGAGCUGGCCGGUCUGCGGGAGCUUGGCCUAACUGACGCAGAGAUCCAGCUCUGGCAGGACAGAGAUGCACCAGAGGCGGUAGAGAAGUCCCAUGGUGUGUGUGCAGCUCCAGGUGUGAAGCAGCAGCGUCUGCAGUCAAUCAGGGACAAGAUUGAAGCCAGAGCCGAGCUUCUUUCCCGCCCACAGCGGUUUGCCACCAGCCGACCACUGUCGCGUCGGGAGAUGGAGAUCGAACAAGCGCUUUUCCAGGGAAAUGACCGCCUUGGUUUCCUCACUGCACUUUACCAUAGAGACGACGAUAACAAGAAAGGCCAGCAGGGGGAGUCAUCCUCAGAUCCGAUGGACUCUCUGUACAGAGACGUUCUCAUCAAAGAGAGACAACAGGCUUCACUACAGGACUCUCAGAGAGAAACAACUGGAGCAUCACACUCGCUAUGUGACCAAUUACAUGACCCUCAGAGAGACAACAGCCAAUCAGAAAAGGCCUCUGACUGUCAGUCUGAACUGCAGGGUGAAAAAAGUAGCUUGUCAGCACAGUCGGAGUCGAGUUCAGACACCUCAGAGCAGAAGCUCACUCAGGACAGACUCGGGAAGCCACCACUUCCUGCUCCUACACAGAUAAAUAUAAGUCAGCCAAUCGGCAGUCUACGUGGAACGGCGAAGGUGAGAUCAGGGGAGCCGCUGACUGUCAGAGGGGAGAUUGAGACAAUCUCAGAUGAAGAAAUCCUGAAGAACCGUGAAUCAGAAGAGGGGAUCCGGAGCAUCCCCAGGUUCCGAAACUACCAGCCAGGAAAACCCUCCAAGGUGUUGUGUGUGAAGAACCUGAGUGCACAGGCUUCAGUGGCCCAGCUGGUGGCGCUGUUCUCCAGGUUUGAGCCGGAGGACGGGCCGCCGCUCCUUUACCGCCUGCUGACUGGAAGGAUGAAGGGUCAGGCCUUCAUCACUCUGCCAGAUGCUGAAAAGGCCCAGGAAGCCUUGCAGCUGGUCCAUGGGUACCGGCUGCUCGGUAAACCUUUGGUGAUUGAGUUUGGCCGUGAGCGACACAAAGAAGAGAAGCAAGAGAAAGAAGUGCAGGAGGAGAAGAAACAAGAGACAUAAACUGUUUAUUCGUGACAACGUGGGCCCUUGAGAUGUGUGCAUAUUGUGCUAAGAUGUGAUGUGAUUGUGUAUUAUUUAUUUUUCCUGGAUUAAAAGGAGAUCGUGAAUGUG